AUGAUGGAGCCGUCCGAGUGGCCAUCGGCUCCGAUAAUCGGUGCUGAGAACGCGAAGACGGCAGCGCUGACGUCGGUGCCUGAUGCGACGCCAGCUGCUGGCUCUCGAGGUGAACUUCUGCAAGAAGGUACUUCGCACACCCGAGUAAAACGUUACCCGCGCCCGAGUAUUGACGAGAUCAAGAAGCUGGAGGCGGAGAAACUUUCUGAGGUGGAUCGCAUUCGACAAGAGCUCUCCAAGUCGGCAAAGUCGCGACAGCAAGUGCGGGCGAUACGAGAACGCUAUCAGGCUGAACUGCAAUCGGCAAAGGCCGCUUUCCAGGAAGCGCAGCAGCGCUGGCGCGAGCUCCUGGACAGAAAGCGUGCUGUGCAGGAGCGUUUGCGCGAGAGCACUUCUGCAUCAGGGCCGAAAACGAGUGCGCCGGCUGUAACGCGAAAGUACCGCUCCGUAGCAGAAGUCGACGCACGCAUCGCAGAGCUUGAAGGAGCGCAAGCGCACUCGACACUGAGCCUUUCUGAUGAGAAACGGCUCAUUUCAGAGCUCACCUACUUGCGGAUCCACGCACGCGAAGAAGCUCGCCGAGCGGAAAUCGAACACGAAAGCCGACGCGAACAAGUAGAAAAACUUCGUCUUGCGCGGGAAGAACUUGAAGCUCAGCGUCGCGAACUCGACGAUGCGCUGAACAAGGCCCGCACCGACCUGGAUCGCCAGCGCGACCAACUGGACGAGCUACGGAAACGCAUCGAUCGACAAGUCGAAGAGGUAGAGGCUGCUGCUGGGCCCGUCAAUCGAGAGUCGCUGCAUGCAAGAAUGGCUGCGUUGCGUCAGGAGAUACAGUCGGCGUGGGAUUCGUUUCGCGAAUCAGACCGCCAAUGGAAAGAGAAUGAGCGGCUCUGGUGGGAGCAGGAACGGCAAGCUCGACAAGAGCGGCGUGAGGCGGAAGCAGCCCGUCGACGUGAGCAGUGGAAGCAGCGGGAACUGGCUCGUCUCCGCGAGGAGCCAGUUGACCCGUACAUCGAACAGAAGCACUCCUGUGAUCUAGUGCUUCGAGCGCUUCAAAGCAUGCUGCCGGAGGAUGAUGCGAUUCAGGCGGAGAUUCGCGCGCUUCUCCCGAGUCCAAGUCCAACGACGGUUGCGCAUGCGAUCUCGUCUGCGAAUGCAUCCAGCGAAGCUGCCGCAGUCGAUACGGAAGUGCGCAAAGCGCACGACGCAGCAGAUCAGCUGCGCGGCAACGUGGCCUCACUGGCCGGCUUUAGACCUGUGGGAAAAGUAGCCGCAGAUCGAGAUGGCGUGGAUGAGCUCUAUGCAAGAAAACCAAACAAGACUCGCGGGAUGCCUAGCCAACGUGACGCCUCCAAGCAUGCAGUGGCGCAGCGCACGGGGCCUGCUCGCCGCCAGACGAAUGCGCUGAACUUUGCUGCUGAGGUUAUUUUCGCAUUUCACAAGUGUGGUGUUCAGGUACCGGCAGCGAUGGCCGAGGUUGCAGCAUGUGCCGCACAAGCGGUUGCUGCCAAAAAGGCAUGGCAGGAGAAAAGCCAGGUAUUUCUAGAAAAUGAGCGUUCGCGAAGACUCGCACGCAUUCAAGCGUUGGAGAAUGAUCUGGAUAUCGCCGAGGAUGACGCCUCUGCGACAUCGUCGCAUCCCGCCAGCACGGAGACGAGUACGGAGCUAGGCGGUGUUCUCAAGUCGCCACCAGUGUAUUCAGCAGACACUGAACCGCAUUCCGUGGUUAAGGGGGAGACGCUACACCGAGAGCACGCUCCCGUUCCGAAACUGGUCCCUAGCGGGAGCCAGACGACGCCUCCUGACACGAAUGCUGAAGCGAGUGAUGCGAGCGUGCGCAAAGCGUUCCCAGCUGACGACGACCCGGGGCACGCGCAAGUUGCAUCCACGCGGCAAGCGUUGAACGACGACGAUUUUCUGGCGCUGCGUACCGCAGACGGUAACGUGGUAACCGCACCGAGCGGUCCCGUUGUCCAAGGGGUAUGGGCGUCUCGCGCUUCCACCUCGCUCAUCGGUUAUAGCAAAGCAGCUGGAGGCGAUCCGCUUCAGCAAGUCGCUUCAAGCACUUCAUGGCCUGAUGCGCUGCACACUGACUAG